AUGGUCGACAUUGUCCCCCUCUCGUCCUACCCCUCCUAUAUCGACCUCCUCCCCGCCAUCCAAACCUGCAACAUCACCAACCUGCCCGAGAACUACUUCCUGAAAUACUACCUCUACCACGCCCUGACAUGGCCACAGCUGAGCUUCGUCGCCGUCGUGCGCCCGCGCGCCGGCUAUAAAUCCGGGUCCAUCGCCGGCGACUACCCCAAGGUCGUGGGGUAUGUGCUGGCCAAGAUGGAGGAGGAGCCGACGGACGGGUUGCAGCAUGGGCAUAUCACGAGUAUCAGUGUGAUGCGGACGCAUCGGCGGUUGGGGAUUGCGGAGCGGUUGAUGCGGAUGAGUCAACGCGCAAUGGCCGAAUCCCAUCGCGCAAACUACGUCUCCCUCCACGUGCGUGUCUCCAACACUGCCGCCCUGCGCCUGUACCGCGACACGCUGGGCUUCGAGGUGCAGAAGGUCGAGGAAAAGUAUUAUGCCGACGGCGAAGAUGCCUACGCCAUGCGCCUGAACCUCGAAAACCAGUGGCUCGACUGGGCGGCCAUCGAGAAGCGCGACCGCGAGAUCGAGGCCGAGAAGGAUGGGGCUGACGGCGACGACAACGCCAAUCAGGAUGAUGGCGAUGAGGCGGGCGAGCUGGGGACGAAGAAGGAGGAGGAUAAGAUGGUGCGGGUUAAGGUUGGGAGGGGGCUUGGGGUUGGCGAUUUGGUUGAGAAAAAUGAGUCGCAGACAUAA